AUGAAACUCAUAACACAUAACAUGUUAACAUCAAAGUGUUUAAAAGGUGUAAUGACUGGAUAUCCACUGGCUAUUAAUGCUACAGAUGUGAAGGUGACGGAAGUAGAUUUUAAUCCAGAAUUUAUAACACGAGUCAUUCCGAAAUUGGACUGGGAAGUACUAUGGGUCGCUGCUAAUAGCAUUGGUCAUGGUGAAGGACUACCAAAAACUUUAGAACCAAAAUUUGAAGAAGAUGAAGAUUUAUUAAAAAGAGUUCAUAAAGUUUUGUUAGAAGUAGAGGUUGAAGAAGGAAACCUUACAUGUCCUGAGUCCGGAAGACAAUUUCCAAUAUCAAAAGGAAUACCAAAUAUGUUACUAACAGAAGCAGAAGUGCAAUGA